AUGAUGAGCCUCUUCGAGGAGGAUCAACCAGAGCCACCACCGCAGCCGAAGACUGGGUGGCAAGAAGAACUUAAGGGAUAUCUUAAUACUGAGGCAAUUAGCGAGGGUGAGGACGGUGAUAACUCAGAUGAAGCAGGAGAGAUUGUUACCGAUCAGGAGGCCGCUGAGGAGUCAGAUGAUGAUUCGGCACUACAUCCAUUGCCUGCCAUCGAUACUAUAAGUCAGGCACGCCCCCAAAGAGAUCGUAAGCGGCGUAGGGAUGAAGAUCUAUACGAGUAUACUAGAUAG